UUUGUGUUUUGAUGGUGUUCCUGUGAGAAACCAGUUUACUUGUUUGGGAGUUUGGGCUGAAUGUAGUAAAGUUCUCCAUUUGAGUUAUAUCACUUGAAAUUUUUUCUAACCAAAGUACCAAACUAAGCUAAAUCCGAGAGUACAUAGGAAGGAGAAACUUCGGAGCAAUUUUUUGAAACGUAAACAUCUCUUCAAACUCGAGAUGGGUUUUCUUCGACAAGAGGGGUUUGAUGUAAUGUGGUCCCAUAGGAAAAGAUUGAUUGCUGAUUAUUGGCGUUGGAUAAGCUUAUUGCUGUAUGUCUGUUCCUUUGCUUUGAUUCUCUGUUUUAUGAACGUAUUUCUACAACAUCUACAUAAACUUGGGAUUGUACACAGGGAUGUAAAACCAGCAAAUAUUCUUCUUGAUGAAAACCUUCGUCCACAUCUGGCAGACUUUGGUUUAGCAGAAUAUAAGAAAGAUCUUAAACAAGUUUCUAUGGAGAACUAGAGAUCAUCUGGAAAGCCAACUGGUGGUUUCCAUGAAAAGAAUAUGGUCGGCACACUCAUAUAUGGCACCUGAAAUAUUGAGAAAGGAGAUACAUAAUGAAAAGUCAGAUGUAUAUAGUUUCGGUGUGACAAUGAAGUAAGAGUUUGACAUAAAAUUAAUGAUUUUUCUAUGCUCUCUGCCACUUUGAAUAAUAGCAAAUCAAAAUGUUGUUUUAUCCUUUGUACCUGAUGAUGUUUUACGAGACGGACAAGAAGUUUUUUGAAAUGCUAUAUGUUGAUGACAAGUUAGUGAUCGUAGAACCAUGCUUUGAUACUGAAAUAUAUAGCCUGCACCUGUGCUUGUGGACUCUGGUAGCUCCAAAAGGUUUAUUGAGUUUGCUCUACUAAUUGUUGGCAGAAAUUGAAGUCUUUAGUAGCUAGUACCUUGUCAGUUAACAUUCUUGAGAAGUUGAUGACAGAUCCAAUGAUACAUGUUGGACAUUUCUUCAUGUUAGAUGCAUGUCCAAAUAUGUCAAUAUUUUUUUAGAUCCGGACACAUUUUGGACACUCGGGGGACACGUGUGUCCAUCACUUAGGAAAGGUGAUAGGACUUUGUUAGUUAAAUUAGUUAUUGGACAAAAUAUAGUAAACGUUAUUAGUGCUUACGCCCUCUAAGUAGGAUUAGAUGAUCAGACUAAGAGAGAUGAUUAGAUGAUCAGACUAAGAGAGAUUUUUUGGACCAAAUAGAUGAGGUAUCACAACAACUAGGGAAGUUGGAGAAGAUGUGGUUCAUACAAUUAAGGCACGGUGGCUUAAGUGGAGGAAUGCGUAGUCUGCUAAAAUUUUCUACACAUACCUUGAAAUUUCCUUUCUUCAACCUGCUGAGUGCAAAAACCACAGACAGCACACAUAGACACAUACAAUUCUCUCUCUUUGUGGUUUGAUCAAGUUAAGAUAUGGCUGACGAAACCCAGAAACCGGCGGCUCCGGAGACUUCGGUGCAAGUAACUGAGGAAGAAAUGAAGGCCGAGGAGGCUGCUCCGGAGACCCCCGCUACUGAAGAACCCUCGAAACCCGAAGAAGUCCCUGCCGAGACUUCUGCUCCGGCGGAAGAAGUGGCGGCGCCACCCAAGGAAGUGGUUGUUGCUGUUGCUGAAGUAGUUGAGAAAGUCACCGCCGUCAUCAACGACGAUGGUGCCCAAACUGUUGAAGCCAUCGAAGAAACAAUCGUCGUUGAUUGUGAGGGUGUUGACCUUUGUCGAUAUGGAACUCUUUGUAUCAUGCAGCUUGCUUUUCCAGAUGCUAUCUAUUUGGUCGAUGCUAUUCGAGGUGGGAAAGUGCUGAUGAAUGCCUGUAAGCCUGCUCUUGAAUCUAGUUACAUUCACCUUCUCAUCUUCUCAUCUCUCCUCAACAAGCUCUCCGCGGUAGCAGCGGCUUGUCCACAGAGACGACCAGUCCUCCUGGCAGCAGUAAGACCAACCUUUUUCCCAGGUGGUACAUCACGGCGAAACAGUGCUGGCAUGACCAAUAUGUUGAUGGUUACCACCACCAUGGGGAUGCUCCACGGGGUGUUUUGCUUUAUGGUCCACCUAGUACAGGUAAAACCAUGCUUGCUAAGGCUGUUGCUCAUCACACGACAGCAGCCUUCAUAAGAGUGGUUGGUUCUGCGUUUGUUCAGAAAUACUUGGAUGAGGGUCCUCGAAUGGUUCGUAAUAUCUUUCGUCUUGCCAAAGAGAAUGCGCCUGCAAUUAUUUUGAUUGAUGAGGUAGAUGCCAUUGCAACUGCUAGAUUUGAUGCACAAACUGAAGCAAAAGAGGCUUGUAUGAUUAUGAUAAUAGGACAAGUGGGGGUGGCAGCUGGUGAUCGAUUUGUGUUCGUUUGAUCUGAUCCAAUCCCUCACCCAUCCUCUAAGCCGAUCUACUUUUUCUUUUAUUUAUUUACUUUUAUUUUUUCUGGUCUUUAUCCCAUAUCCUCCUGUUCCUCACCCUCUAUUUUUUUAUUCUGUUUGUUCCCACCAUGUCUCACCCAUACCCCUUUUUAUUUUUUUAAACCAAUCUUCACCUCUGCACCCACUCAUCCAAAACUCUAUAAUAUAUUCCACCGCCUGAACAUCCUCCCCCCAAAAAUAUUCUCUGUUUUCUUUAUCUAUUUUAUUUUUUUAUUCUUAUUAUUAUUAUUAAACAAACCAAAACAAAAACAAUCAAAAAAAAAAAAAAAAAACAAACACCUCACACUGAUCUCCACUCAAGCACACCCACCAUUUUGCCAACUUUCUAUUCUUAUUAUUAUUAUUAUUAUACAAAACCAACACAACCCAACACCAACAGUCCACUUUUCACAUCUUUAUUUUUGCCACCUUUAAUUUUUAUUUUAUUUUCUGUUUUUCCUUUCCAUCAUCGCUUGUUCCAACUUUCCACCCUCACAUAUUUUUUUUUAUUUAUUUAUUUUUUAUAAUAUAUUAUAUCCCCCUACCAUUUAUUAGCCCACCGAUUCCCACGCCUUCUGAUAUUUCAACUCUUUCUUUUAUUUCCUUUCCCAAAAAAAAAAAAAAAAAAAAAA